UGAAAAUGUGAGUGGCAAAUUUUUGUGUGUUUUUGACUGAAGAAGAAUCCAAAUUGACUCCAAAAUUGACUCAUGGCUGCUAAUCGCGAUGACCCGCUUUUGCUCCUCAGUGGCCACCACCCCUCCUCUUCCCCAAUCGCCGUCUCCGACGCCGACGCCUACCUCCUCGAUGGCCCCCAAAUCGGCAGCGCUUCCGGAAGCUUCCAGAACGAUGGCAGCAUACUCGGUGGCGCAUACGAUUCUGCUUUUUUUAACGAAUCCGAUUACGGAUUCGCCCGACCCGAUUUCAGGCAGUCUCCGCUCGUCGGCACCGUCGAGCUCUACGACCGCCACGUCUUCCUCUGCUACAAAAACCCUCAGGUCUGGCCUCCCCGCAUCGAGGCCGCCGAAUUCGAUCGCCUCCCUCGCCUCCUCGCCGCCGCUUUGGCUGCCAGAAACCCUUCCAUGCUGCUCCAGACUCGCUUGACAAUAUGUGAGGGACAUGAUGGAACCGAGACAUCAAAUGGUGAUGUGUUAAUAUUUCCGGAUAUGAUCAGAUACAGGAGAUUAACACAUUUUGAUGUCGACACAUUUGUUGAGGAAGUGCUUGUGAAGAAUGGUGAAUGGUUGCCUGGAAGUCCAGAACAUCUAAGGGGCUGGUACAUCUUUGUAUGCUGCCAUGGGUCAAGGGAUCGACGAUGCGGUGUAUGCGGACCAUCUAUCAUUAGUAAAUUUAAAACUGAGAUUGAGUUACGUGAUCUACAAGGAAAAGUGUCUGUUAGCCCCUGUUCACACAUUGGAGGCCAUAAGUAUGCAGGGAACGUGAUCAUUUUUGGACCAAAUAUGAAGAAAGAAGUCACAGGGCAUUGGUAUGGAUAUGUUAUGCCUGAAGAUGUGCCUCUUUUGCUCGAACAGCAUAUUGGUAAAGGAGAAAUCGUAGAUUUCUUGUGGAGGGGACAGAUGGGAUUAUCUGAAGAAGAACAGAAGAAAACACAGGAAUUAAGGUUCAAGGUUCAAGGUGGGUCAAGUAUGGAUAGGAGCUUGAAGGACUCUAUACAAACAAAUGAAGAAAGUGGUAGAGUGUGUGAAUCUCAAACGCGGGGUGAGGGUUGUUGUCAGGUCAGUGGAGACUUCUCUUGCUGUCAGAACCCCAUGUUGGAAGAGAAAAGAGAAGAUCCUCCAGCUGUACCAAACUUUACCACUGAAUCUAAGAAGAGCUCCAAAAAACCCAUCUCACGUAAAAAUAGUGGUAAAGGGGUUGGCCCACGUAGAGUCUGCUCAAUGCCUACGUGGUACGAAAGCUGGGAGAGGGAAGAUACAUAUGCUGCUCUUGCUGUUGUUAUGGCUGCUACAUCAGUUGCAUUUGCCUACAAGUGCUACAGGCAAUCAAGCUAAGUUCCUGGUAGCAUUUGCUUAUGUUGUACGAUCAGAGAUAGUUGCAGUCUCAGUGAGGAUGGGCGACAAGAAAGAAAACAUAAGUUGCCGGGACGCAGAAUGGAUGUUCAGUAUUUUGUGUCCCUUCCUACCUUACUUUGUACAUGUUGAGUAGUUUGUACAGGUGCAAUGGCCAUGCGACCGAGUCACGACCAACUAUUGAACAUGUAGCCACUGCAGACACCUUUAUAAGCAUAUGUAUAAUGUAUUGAUUCUGGUGUAUUUAUUCAAUGUGCUGUGUUUGUGUAA